CACAACCAAAAUGUCUGACGCUACCUUCCACACAACUCGCGAGGAUCUCCGCAAGGGAGAAUCCAAGGUCGCCCAGAGCCACGGUGGCAAGGUCCCUGCUGACUCCGAUAUCUCCCUGAUGAAGUCUGUCAUCGACCAAAACACCGACAAGUCCAAGCAGAUCGACGAGGCCCAGUCCAACUUGCCUCUACCCGAACAGCCCCCCGUCGCUAGCGACUGGCAAUCGGCCGAUCAGCGUACUGUGAACGUUGGAUCUGGUGGUGUUUCGGGUUCUAUCUCAAAAGACCCUAACAGUGGUUUGGAGGGCUCCACCACCGCUCAGAGCAGUGCCCGUGUUGACGGCAGUGAAUUGCACAAGAACACUGCUCCUGGCAACGCCGGUCGUCAGGCUGUUGAGGGUCUUGACCACUUGCCUUCUGAUGCUACUUCCCGCUAA